UCCAUGGGCAGGUAAUGGUCAAAAUUAGCCUUUUGUACGACAUGAUUAACGCUGCUGUCCUCAUAAAUGAUUACACCUGUCUCACUUCAAGGCCUUGUCGUGAAUGCGAGGCGAUGGUGAUAGUUGGCAGCGUGACAGUAGCACAGUGGCGCCUCCACACGUAAACACAUACUGGCCUAGAAAUAGACCUGGCCUUACUGAGAGGGGAAACCUAAACACUUAACCAAUUAUCAGUAAGCUGAUCAGAGCCUCCCAGCAGCCUUCGCUACACCCCACACCCAUUCAUUGAAUCCCAGCCUUUCUGUCUAUUAUAGAAUAUUUAUUGUUCCCUCCUAAAAUGUUGGGGUAUUUGGGCUUUGCCCUUUCACCUGAAGCAACUCAAUAGCAGUAUACUUUACCUUUAACCCUCUUGACAUAGGAAAUACUGGCCAGUGCUCAUGUCACCACUGGAAAAGUGAGUUAACAGGUUAAGUGUCGGUUUCUGAUCUUUCCCCGAUGGAUUAAGAACAUUUUAGACUCAACCAGGUUGUUGAGCACACCGUCAAUAUAAGUGAUCUUAGUCUGGCUAAACUGUUUUCAAAGACUAUGUGUGGUUAUGUAAUUAAGUAUGAAAAGUAUGACAAUGUUUUUAAGUGUCUCAUCAUAAGUUUCUGUUUCCCACAUAAAAAGUGAAAUUGCUACACAGUUACACGGCGUUAUCAGACCUGUACGCAACAAACAACACAUACGCAUAAUCACACUGACUGUCAUUUGUUUUUCGGGACAAACAACCCAGCCCAUUUUCCGCCUGGCUGGUCAGCGAGCACAGGAACAGUGUGCUCGCCAGACUCCUCUUCAUCUCUAGCGAGAGCAGAGUUUGGCUCGUCAGCCUUUCUGAGCAGCUAAUCACUCCUGACAACGCCUCCUUUUCAGGACUGGCACACUGCAGCCAAAAUGGACCAUUUAUGAGAUCCAUCAUGGACCUACCCAUCCAUGAUCUCCAUGAGAUCCAUCCUCCCCCUUUUCUGUAUCAGCUGGCCUCUCUGUAUUCUCUGCCCGAGCCAUCCCCGCCUCGCUCUGUACAGGACCCAGGAGAAGGAAGCCACACUUAGCAUGUUGACUUAAGUUCUUUGGGACAGAUAGUAGAGAGGUACAUAGAGCAGAACACAUCUGCCUGAGCCCCUGGCACUUGUUGAGAUUCAGUGUAUUUAAAUCCUGAGAUGUGGCUGCUAUGGACUUGAACCAAAGUACUGGAAAAUAUGGGGUGCUAGAGGUCUGGGGAAGGAGAAUACAUAUGCUGGACUUCAGCUAUGGCACCCUCGUUAAGGGGGACUAUGUGUGGUUGGACCUCAAAACCGGCCGAGAGUUUGGGGUUCCCGUUGGAGCUGUGGUCAAGCUGUGCGACUCGGGUCAGAUUCAAGUUGUGGAUGAUGAAGGGAAUGAACACUGGAUAUCACCACAGAAUGCUACUAACAUCAAGCCCAUGCACCCCACCUCUAUCCAUGGGGUGGAGGACAUGAUCCGUCUGGGCGACCUCAACGAGGCUGGGAUUCUCCGUAACCUGCUCAUCCGCUAUCGGGAGCAUCUUAUCUAUACAAACUGUGGAGGGAGGACGUACACAGGGUCCAUUCUAGUGGCAGUGAACCCAUACCAGCUGCUGCCCAUCUACACAGCAGAUCAGAUCCGUCUCUAUACCAACAAGAAGAUAGGGGAGAUGCCUCCACACAUCUUUGCCAUUGCAGACAACUGUUACUUUAAUAUGCAGCGUAACAACAAGGACCAGUGUUGCAUUAUCAGUGGGGAGUCAGGGGCUGGGAAGACUGAAAGCACCAAGCUGAUCCUGCAGUUCCUGGCAGCCAUCAGUGGCCAGCACUCCUGGAUUGAGCAGCAGGUGCUGGAGGCCAACCCCAUCCUGGAGGCUUUUGGGAAUGCCAAGACCAUCCGGAAUGACAAUUCGAGCCGCUUUGGGAAGUACAUCGACAUCCACUUUAAUAAGAGAGGCGCCAUUGAGGGGGCCAAGAUUGAGCAGUACCUGCUGGAGAAGUCCAGAGUGUGCCGUCAGGCCAAGGAUGAGAGGAACUAUCACGUCUUCUACUGUAUGCUGCAGGGCAUGUCUCCUGAACAGAAGAAGAAACUUGGCCUCACCAAAGCCACAGACUACACCUACCUCACCAUCGGGAACUGCACAGUUUGUGAUGGACGUAACGACCUAAAGGAGUACUCCAACAUUCGCUCUGCCAUGAAGGUCCUGAUGUUCUCUGACACAGAGCACUGGGAAAUCUCCAAACUGCUGGGUGCCAUACUCCACAUGGGCAAUUUGCGCUACGAAGCACGCACAUACGACAACCUUGAUGCCUGUGAGGUGGUGCGCUGCCCACACCUGAACACUGCUGCCAUACUGCUGGAGGUUGAUAUGAAAGACGUGAUGAACUGUCUGACCAGCCGAACCCUCAUCACUCGCGGUGAGACCGUCUCCACCCCACUCAGCAUGGAGCAGGCUCUGGAUGUGCGAGAUGCCUUUGUGAAGGGGAUCUAUGGGCGCUUGUUUGUGUGGAUUGUGGAGAAGAUAAACAAUGCGAUCUACAGGCCACCAUCUUCUCAGCCCAAAACAGUGCGCAGAUCCAUUGGCCUGCUGGACAUCUUUGGCUUUGAAAACUUCACUGUUAACAGCUUUGAGCAGCUCUGCAUCAACUUUGCCAACGAGAACCUGCAGCAGUUCUUUGUGCGGCACGUUUUCAAGCUGGAGCAGGAGGAGUACAACCUGGAGCACAUCAACUGGCAGCACAUCGAGUUCACGGACAACCAGGAUGCCCUAGACAUGAUCGCUGUCAAGCCCAUGAAUAUAAUCUCCCUCAUCGACGAGGAAAGCAAGUUCCCAAAGGGGACAGACACCACCAUGUUGUACAAACUGAACCAUCAGCACAAACUCAACACCAACUACAUCCCUCCGAAGAACACCUACGAGACCCAGUUUGGCAUUCAGCACUUUGCUGGUGUGGUCUUCUAUGAGACAAGAGGUUUCCUUGAGAAGAACAGGGACACUCUGCAUGGUGACAUCAUCCAGCUGGUGCACUCCUCCAAAAACAAGUUCAUUAAGCAAAUCUUCCAGGCUGACGUUGCUAUGUUUCUUUGUGGCUACGUGCCUGGUGGCACUAUUGGCCAUCCAGGCACCCCUCCUCUUAUUAAGGGGGCGGAGACGAGGAAGCGCUCCCCGACUCUGAGCAGUCAGUUCAAGCGCUCUCUGGAGCUGCUGAUGCGGACGCUCAGCGUGUGCCAGCCCUUCUUCGUGCGCUGCAUCAAGCCCAACGAGUUCAAGAAGCCCAUGCUGUUUGACAGGGAGCUGUGCGUCCGGCAGCUGCGGUAUUCCGGGAUGAUGGAGACCAUCCGGAUCCGUCGGGCAGGUUACCCAAUCCGCUACACGUUUGUGGAGUUUGUGGACCGGUACCGGGUUCUAAUGCCUGGGGUGAAGCCUGCUUACAAACAGGAGGACCUAAGGGGGACCUGUCAGCGGAUCGCUGAGGCCGUCCUGGGAAGGGAUGAUGACUGGCAAAUGGGAAAGACAAAGAUCUUCCUCAAGGAUCAUCAUGACAUGCUGCUGGAGAUCGAGCGAGAUAAGGCUAUCACAGACAAGGUCAUCCUUAUCCAAAAGGUUGUUCGCGGCUUCAAGGACCGGUCUAAUUUCCUGAGAAUGAGGAAGUCGGCCGUGCUGAUCCAGAAGACGUGGAGGGGUUACCACUGUCGCAAGAACUAUGGAGCGAUGCGUGCAGGCUUCGCUCGUCUUCAGGCUUUGUACCGCUCGCGGAAGCUCUACCAGACAUACCACGUGGCUCGCCAGCGUAUCACGCUCUUCCAGAGCCGUUGUCGUGGCUACCUGGUGCGUCGGGCCUUCAGGCACCGCCUCUGGGCCGUCAUCACCCUCCAGGCCUACACCAGGGGCAUGAUCGCCCGCCGCCUCUACAAACGCCUCAAAGGAGAGUACCGGCGGCGCCUGGAGGCGGAGAAGGUGCGCCUGGCGGAGGAGGAGAAGCUGCGCUACCAGAUGAGCGCCAAGCGGGCGAAGGCAGAGGCCGAGAAGAUGCAUCAGGAGCGUAUGGCACAGCUGGCCAAGGAGGACGCUGAGCGAGAGAAGAAGGAUCGUGAGGAGGCACGCCGCAAGAAGGAGAUGGUGGAACAGGUGGAGAAGGCGCGCCACGAGCCUGUCAACGACUCCGACAUGGUGGAUAAGAUGUUCGGCUUCUUGGGCACCACCAACUCUUUCCCGGGCCAGGAGGGCCAAGCACCAGCAGGGUUUGAGGAUCUGGAGAGCGCCCAGAAGGAGCUGGAGGAGGAGGAUCUGGAUGAAGCUCUCCCUCUGCCUGAGGAUGAUCUGGAUGAUUUAUCCGAAUACAAAUUUGCCAAGUUUGCUGCCACUUACUUCCAGGGCGCCACCUCGUACACAUACGUGCGCCGGCCCCUGAAACAGCCCCUCCUCUUCCAUGAGGACGAGGGCGAUCAGCUGGCCUCCUUAGCUGUUUGGAUCACAGUGCUGAGAUUCAUGGGGGAUUUGCCAGAGCCCAAGUACCACACAGCCAUCAGUGACGGCAGUGAGAAGAUCCCAGUCAUGACUAAGAUCUACGAGACGCUGGGCAAGAAGACCUACAAGAGAGAACUGCAGGCCCUUCAGGGGGAAGGGGAGAACGCUCUCAUUGACACUCACAAGAGGAGCAGUGUCCGUCACAAGCUUGUGUCCCUCACUCUGAAGAAGAAGUCAAAGAUUACUGAGGAGGUGACCAAGCGUCUGAAUGACGGUGAGUACACAGUACAUGGGAAUAGCAUGCUGGAGGACCGGCCCACGUCCAACCUGGAGAAGCUGCACUUCAUCAUCGGGAAUGGCAUCCUCAGGCCGGCCCUCAGAGAUGAGAUCUACUGUCAGAUCUGCAAGCAGCUGACCCAGAACCCCUCCAAGAGCAGCCACGCCCGCGGCUGGAUCCUCAUGUCCCUCUGCGUGGGCUGCUUCUCCCCGUCAGACAAGUUCGUUAAAUACUUGAGGAACUUCAUCAACGGGGGCCCACCAGGCUACGCCCCUUACUGUGAGGAGCGUCUCAGGAGGACCUUUGUCAAUGGCACCCGAACACAGCCUCCUUCCUGGCUGGAGCUGCAGGCCACCAAGUCUAAGAAGCCUAUCAUGCUACCGGUGACGUUUAUGGACGGAACGACUAAGACCCUGCUGACGGACUCAGCCACCACAGCCAGAGAGCUGUGCAACUCUCUCUCUGACAAGAUCAACCUCAAAGACCGCUUUGGCUUCUCCCUCUACAUCGCCCUGUUCGACAAGGUGUCUUCUCUGGGCAGUGGUGGAGACCACGUGAUGGACGCCGUGUCCCAGUGCGAGCAGUAUGCCAAGGAGCAGGGUGCCCAGGAGCGCAACGCCCCCUGGAGGCUGUUCUUCCGCAAGGAGAUCUUCACCCCGUGGCACAACCCGUCCGAGGACAGCGUGGCCACCAACCUCAUUUACCAGCAGGUGGUGCGAGGGGUCAAGUUCGGAGAGUACCGCUGCGAUAGGGAGGAGGACCUGGCUGAGUUGGCCUCCCAGCAGUACUACGUGGACUACGGAGCAGAGAUCUUGGUGGAGCGUCUGAUCAGCCUCAUCCCCUCCUACAUCCCCGACCGAGAGAUCAGCACUGCCAAGACUGUGGAGAAGUGGGGCCACUUCAUCAUGGCCGCCCAUAAAAAGGGCAUCUAUGCACAGAACAGGAUGGACCCACAGAAGGUCAAAGAGGAGGUGGUGGACUUUGCUCGAUAUAAGUGGCCUUUGUUAUUCUCAAGAUUCUAUGAGGCCUUUAAAUUCUCAGGCCCAAGCUUGCCUAAAAAUGAUGUGAUAGUAGCAGUCAACUGGACUGGAGUUUACUUUGUGGAUGAGCAAGAGCAGGUCCUUCUGGAACUUUCUUUCCCAGAAAUCAUGGCAGUCUCCAGUAGCAGAGGGGGGAAACUUCAAGGUCAGAGUUUCACACUAGCCACUAUAAAGGCCGAUGAGUACACCUUCACCUCCAACAACGCAGAGGACAUCCGAGAGCUGGUCGUCACCUUCUUAGAGGGUCUCAGAAACAGGUCAAAGUUCGUGGUGGCCCUGCAGGACAACCCCAAUCCUGCUGGCGAUGACUCCACCUUCCUGAGCUUUGCCAAAGGCGACCUCAUCGUCCUGGACCAGGACACAGGGGAGCAUGUCAUGACGUCUGGCUGGGCCCACGGCAUCAACGACCGCUCCAAACUGAAAGGAGACUUUCCUGCUGACUGCGUCUAUGUCCUGCCCACCGUCACCAAACCUCCGCCAGAGAUAGUGGCGCUGGUUACCAUGACACCAGACCAGCGGCAGGAGUCCAUUAGGCUGUCCCACAUCACCCUGGCGGGUAGCGAGGAGGAACAGGUGAAGCCGUACACGCUGGAGGAGUUCUCCUACGACCACUUCAGGCCCCCACCCAAGCACACUCUGAGCCGCGUGAUGAUCACCAAGAACAGGGGGAAGGAUAAGAUGUGGUGCUGCACCAGGGAGCCCCUCAAGCAGCCGCUGCUCAAGAAGGUGCUAGGCCACGAGGAGCUCUCCCAGGAGGCUUGCAUGGCCUUCAUUGCUAUCAUGAAGUAUAUGGGUGAUUACCCCUCUAAGCGGACGCGCUCCGUGAAUGAACUCACUGACCAGAUCUUUGAGGGAGCACUAAAGGCAGAGCCGCUCAAAGACGAGAUCUUCUCUCAGAUUCUCAAACAGCUGACAGAAAACCACAUCAAGUACAGUGAGGAGAAGGGCUGGGAGCUGCUGUGGCUGUGCACAGGCCUCUUCCCCCCCAGUAACGUCCUGCUGCCGCACGUCCAGAGGUUCCUGCAGUCCAAGAGGCACCAUCCACUGGCUCAGGACUGCAUGCAGAGACUGCAGAAAGCCUUACGGAACGGCUCCAGGAAGUAUCCCCCUCACCUGGUAGAGGUGGAAGCUAUUCAGCACAAGACCACGCAGAUCUUUCACAAAGUGUACUUCCCUGACGACACGGAUGAGGCUUUUGAAGUGGAGUCGAGCACCAAGGCCAAGGACUUCUGUCAGAACAUCGCUGACAGGCUCCUGCUCAAGUCCCCUGAGGGCUUCAGCCUGUUUGUCAAAAUCUCUGACAAGGUUAUCAGCGUUCCAGAGGGAGAUUUCUUCUUUGACUUUGUCAGGCACCUCACGGAUUGGAUCAAGAAAGCCAGGCCCACAAAGGAUGGAAUAGUGCCUUCACUAACGUAUCAGGUAUUCUUCAUGAAAAAACUUUGGACCAACACAGUCCCAGGAAAAGAUUCUUUUGCAGACUCCAUCUUUCAUUAUUAUCAGGAGCUCCCAAAGUAUCUCCGUGGUUACCACAAAUGUUCCCGUGAGGAAGUCUUUCAGUUGGGAGCGCUGAUCUACCGAGUGAAAUUCGAGGAUGACAAAUCCCAUUUCCCCAGCAUUCCGAAGAUGCUGAAGGAAUUAGUUCCCCAGGACCUGAUCCGCCAGCUCUCUCCUGACGACUGGAAGAGGUCUGUUGUAGCGUACUUCAACAAGCAGGCUGGAAAGUCGAGGGAAGAGGCCAAGCUGAUGUUCCUCAAGAUCAUUUUCAAGUGGGCAACAUUUGGGUCAGCUUUCUUUGAAGUGAAGCAAACCACUGAGCCCAACUACCCAGAGAUCCUGCUCAUAGCCAUCAACAAACACGGCGUCAGCCUGAUCGACCCAAAGACCAAGGACAUUCUCGUGACACACCCCUUCACCAAGAUCUCCAACUGGAGCAGCGGGAACACCUACUUCCACAUCACCAUUGGCAACCUAGUGCGAGGCAGCAAGCUGUUGUGCGAAACUUCACUGGGCUAUAAGAUGGAUGACCUGCUGACCUCCUACAUCAGCCAGAUGCUGACCACCAUGAGUAAGCAGCGCACGUCACGGGGCCAGAGCAAGUGAACGUCUUACUGGCAGGAGGCUGCUGAGCUGCUGCGGCUGCUGCGGCCCAUGGGCCACCCCUGCAGCUGGGGCCGCACCUUCCCCUCCCACGUGUGGAGGAUGAGCCGCAGCCCUUCGCACAGCUCCGCCGGGGGCUCCUCUUUCUCCCAGGACCCGCCCGACGACGACGCCUCAUCCUCCCCAUCCAGCGAGGACGACUACCUCUGAGGCUCCGGCAGCAGCCACCUAGCCGUACCCUGCUCUCCAACCCCUACCCUUCCCCCCCUCCAUCCUCCAGACGCUCUAACUGAUUCCAUAAGAUGAUAUGUCAAUUUAUUUUUAAAUACUGCAGACACAAAUCCGCCUGACAGUUUGUCCAACUGAAAUGGUCACAUAAGAAUGUGAUGUUCAUGUCAUUAACUCUUAGAAUGAGGCACUAUGAGAGCUACUUGUAUUAAAAUAGUUUUGAAAAAAUUGUAUCGCUUUUGUCGUUAGCUGCUGAAGGUAACUGAUAAGAGUCCCUGUAAAAAGUUGUAAUAUAUUGUUUUUAUUCAUCAGUUUACUGAAUCAUGACCUGGGUUUACAGGUGUGUGACUGAAUGGGUUUGAAAAGUGUUACAUAGACCUGAAGUAUUCUGCUGUUGUUCUGUUGAAAGCCUUAAAGUAAAUUUUUACCAUGUCCAAUGUGAUCUUGUUUUUUAAUUCAUGUAAAAAAACGCAAGUCUCAUUCAGUCUGAUUUGAGAAGUUAAUUGUUCAUGUGUUGACUUGAGCCCAACGUCUUUUUGUGUUUUGUUAUUUUUCUGGGUCAGGAGGAUUUGGAGGCGCCUUUUAGUAGACCUCCUAAUGGCCUUAUUUUAAAAUGGCAUCUAUUUCCAAACCAGUCAUUCACUCCUCUAAUGGGAAGGACAGAACAGGACGAAGAGCACAUGAAGGAGGGUCUGGAUGGUUAUUACUGCGUUUGCUCUUUGUCAUUCUCUGAUGUGGCGUUGUCUUGCAUGGUAGCUGUUAUGAUCUAAUGAAGUGUUCAUGUAUUAUAUAUGGUAGCUGAAUCUUUUUCAUCCAUGGCCUUUGUUUGCGCCAGUACUUUUUAGACCAACUGUACUGGUAGGGCACUGUUACAUUCUGUGAAAAUAAUUACAACAAAUGUAUAUUGUA